GAGAGAAUUGCAAGAUUCAGGGCGGACCCGUCUCUGACUGUGCAAGCGAUUUAUCGCGAUCUGCAGCGUAGGUUGGGGCUCCAGAUUUACCGGCAGGCCCUCCUCUACCGUAACGAGGUCCUGGACUCCGGGGUCUACCUCUCCGACCUGGAGGAUGGUAAUGAGAUUGAGCUGACUCUUAUAGUUCAGAAUGUGUCUUUGGUGGUGACGUCCUCCUCGGACUACACGGCCAAGGUGUGGAACUGGCUGAACGGCGAAUGUGUGCAGACGCUUAUGGGCCAUGCGAGUGAUGUCCACAAAGUGGGAUUCUCACCAGAUGGGACCUGGGUUGUAACAGCUUCCUUCGAUUCGACAGCCCGCAUAUGGAAGCUGUCCAAUGGAGAGUGCCACCAGAUCUUGAGGGGCCACACCAGUGACCUGAACUCAAUUGUGUUCUCGCCUGACAGUAGGAUGCUUGUUACGGCCUCCGACGAUCACACUGCCAAGCUGUGGGAUGUAGCCCAUGGUGACUGCAUCAAGUGUCUGGCAGGCCAUUCAGCGGUUGUCAAUUCAGCGCUGUUCUCCUGGGACGGAUCCUUGGUAGUUACGGGCUCCUUCGACGGAGAUGCUCGGAUCUGGAGUGCGGUGGACGGGGAGUGCCUCCGAAUCCUCUCCAGUAAGGGCAUGCCACUGGAGUUCGCAGUCUUCUCCCCGGAUGCAGCCUUUGUUGUCACCGUCGCCCGCGAUGGACUGGUGCGCUCCUGGUGUUCAGCGGAGGGAGAGUGUGCCCAGACACUGGUGGAUGAAGGUCAUUUGGUUAACUGUGCUGCAUACUCUCCGGAUGGAGCUUUUGUUCUUGCGGCUUUCCUGGACUGUGCAGCAAGGCUGUGGAGUCUACAUCGCGGUGAGCGAAUUCACAUUCUGCGUGGCCAUAAGAACCUCAUCAGGUGUGCUUCCUUCUCCGCCGACGCUGCUCUUGUGGUGACCGGUUCCUUCGACGGUGUGGCGAAGAUUUGGAGCGUCAUGCGAGGAGAGUGCAUCCAGACACUCUCCGGCCACGAGGGUCUCAUCACAAGCGUGGCAUUUUCAGAGGACUGUGCGCAGGUGCUUACGUCAUCGCAAGACUGCGCCGCCAGGGUCUGGAAUGUCACCAACGGCAGAUGCGUUCAAGUACUAAAAGGUCACCAAGCAUGUGUGCACUCCGCGGUGUUCUCUGCGGGCUAA